GGAACUCAGCACCUCCUCGUCAGAUUCAGAAUCCGACCCAGAAAUUUCUAUGGAAAUCGAAACUACCCCCUCCAACAAGAGGAAAAAUACAAACAAAAGGUCAACCUCAGAUGAAUUCAAAUCAUCAGAAGAGGAAAUUUUUAGAGGAAAAGAAUCCAAUAGGAAGAAAUCCAAAAACCAAAAAUAUAACUCAACCCAACCAGCCAACGAAUCCAAACCAUCCACUUCCUUCCAACCAUCCACUUCCCCCCAACCAUCCACUUCAUUCCAACCAACCACCGCAUCCAAAACUAAAACCUCCAACCAAUCCAACCAUUCAAACAAACCCACCCCACCUGGCAACAAAUCAAUUGCCAAAGCUUCCAAAAAUGAUCCUAGACUGAAGAACAAAUCCAGCAAAUCUACCCAUUCCUAAUCUCAAGUCUUCUGAUGAGGAAAACAAGCAAACCAAAGAAGUCCAACGGAAACGGACAAGGAACGAACAAACAAAUCAAAUAAAUGAAAGAAACAACACACACACACCAACAAUAAACACCCACAUAACAACAAUCAACAAUCACAUGCUAACACUCUAUACCACUCCACUCCAAAUAAAAAUAACACUAACACAAAUAACACACACACCAGGAAAGUUUCCAGCCCUCCAAAGGGUAAUAAUAAAAACAAAUAAAUUAUUCCUUCUAUUACAUAAUUUUAACCUUUGAUCUGCAGCAUUUUUAUAUCAAUCAAUAUUAUUUUAGUUAAACCGAACGGCCCGGAGUUGCCGUCCACCUUAUUUUUGAGGGAGGUAGGAUGGACGGCGGCUCCAGCCCUCGAUCUCUUGAUACUAUUUACCAUACUUUUCAUAAAAUAAUUCAUAAAUCGAAAGACCUGGAGUCACCUUCCGCCUUAUUUAAGAGGGAUGGGACGGAGGGCGGUCUUCAGGCUUUCACUUAUUCAUAUUAUAUUUAAUCUGAUUAAUUCUUUAAAUAACUUUCAAAAUCGUAGGACCGGAAACCGACUCUCACCUUAUUUUGGAGAUGGUAGGGUGAGCGGCGGUUCCUAGUCUAAUAUUAUAUUUUCUCUAAAGGCCGGGAGUUGUCCUCCAUUUCACUCAGUGGGAGUGAUGGCGAAGACUCACGGUUGCAGACACCAUAAGGACAGCACUAUCGGACGACGCCGUCGAGCAAAAAAGGACCAUCGAGUUCCUAAAGGAUACAGGUUUAUUCGAUCAGAUCUAAUGUCAAAUUACUAAAUCUACCUUUACUGAUAAAACUACGUUUGUUUUCUCUUCUAAUUUCAGCAAAAGAUGAGCAGGUUUUUUACGCCCUUUUUAGAAGCGAGCUCGUCAAGCACACUAAAAGGGGCUUUUUCCCUGCUCCAUUUGUUUGGUUGUGUUUUUGGCCCCAGAGCCGUGUAGGGUGCGGCGUUGCGACAUACAUCCAUAGCGGUUACUAGGACUGAGUCGAACGAGAAUAACGAAUUUUGCAAUAGUUUUUCUUAGUUUUCCUUUAGUUAAAUUUCCCGCCCUCAAGGGCAAGAGACGAAUGAACUCUCAGAGUUUAAAGUCUCUCUAAUUCAUUACCAUUACCAUUACCAUUGGUAUGCGAGGAACAACAAAAUAUGUUGCCUGUUGCAUAUUGGCGAUCUAACGUACAAAUCUACACCUAAACGGCGCUGCGGUGAAAGUGAUGAUGGUUCUAAAUUUUACAAUGUGAGCUUAUGGAAGUAGAAGAAACUGUAUAAAUGUUGACAAUGGUUGAAUCAAAAAAGGAAAUUCGAGAGCACAUUCAAAACCAAGUUGAAAAAUGCAUGGUUACUGCAUUUUUAGGUUACAGAAGCAUACAGGAACAAUCUGAGAAGUCGUGUCUUUCAUCUCAAAGCAACGAGUACGAUUGUUGUUCCAACUGCCACGAAAGCAAAUAUCGCCCACAGAUGUUUGUUGUUCAACCAAAAGCAAACAUAUUUGCCAGCAAUGGUUUUUAUAACGGAGAAGCUCAUCCGCAAACGGUCCGAGCACAAUGAACUUAUCAUCGGCACUCUGGAAGAACUUUCUCUCCACCAGGAAGAUAUAGAACGGAUCGAACACAUUGGUAACUGGUGCAAGGAUUUGAAAAUUCUUCUACUCCAAUCGAACCUCAUUUCAAAGAUUGAGAAUCUGCAAAAACUGAAAAAACUUCAAUAUCUCAACUUGGCCAUUAACAACAUCGAACGGAUCGAAAACUUGGAACCGCUGGAAUCGCUGCAUAAGCUGGACUUGACGCUCAACUUCAUCGGCGAGUUGAGCUCGGUGGAAUCUCUGCGAAAUAAUCACAGCUUGAGAGAGUUGUUUCUCACGGGAAAUCCUUGCACGGAUUAUCCCGGCUACAGGGACUAUGUGAUGUGCGCAUUGCCCCAGCUAGAUUCGUUAGAUGGUCAAGAAAUCACAAUAACCGACCGACUGAAAGCUUCCAGACAUUUCAAACAGAUAAGAGACAACAUAGUUCAGCUUGAACUCAAGCAUAAAAUAGAAAGAGAUGAACAGAAGGUGAGGGUUGCCGAGAUGAUUCUGGAACAGGAGCAAAACGUGACGGACUUGGACGACGAGGAACGUGCGAAACAAUUUUGGCAACAGAAGAGUGAACAUUGCCCUGAGAUGCGAAUCAUGAUGGCUAAAUAUUCCGAUCGAACUAAGCAAAAUCCCGCUCGCAAUUUUAGCGAUCCUGGAGAGCCCAAGAAACGAACAAUUCUUUUUGCGGCGUGUGGAAGACCUUACAGUUUGAAUGAACCAAAGAUAAAGUUUGAUUUUCACGAUGAAGAGGAUCGGUAUGAGCUGAAUCUUCACGUUUAUAGAUUCCUAGAUACGUCUCUCAUCGAGGUAGAUGCUCAACCGAACUAUGUCAGAGCUACCAUAAAAGGGAAAGUGUUUCAGUUGGCUUUACGACACGAAAUUAAAACAGAUGCAUCGACAUGCAAAAGAUCUACUAUCACUGGUCAUUUGUUGAUCGUUAUGCCCAAGCUGAACCCGGAAAAUGUUUGUUUUGAUCAGUCAAAGAGUAAGAGUCAAACUAAAGAAUGUUCCAGAGGAAAAACGAGCGAAAAAACGGAACUGAAAGGUGUUGUAGAUUAUCGAAACAUUGUAAGUGACGGUAAAACUGGCAACAAUUCUCAAAUUCAAACUGAUGACGAUGUUCCGCCUUUGAUUUAAUUUCUCAAUAAUAUGCGCGGGCGAACUAAACUUCUAACUUGUUUAUUUACAACUACGUAGAUAGCAGUUCUUGUUCAAAGUUUUUGAAAUCUUCUUCAUUAAAUACACUUUCCUCCGUUUCUUCCUUUUCGAAAA